AUGGAUACUAAUGGUGAAACCAAUAAUGUUAUCAAACUGGAGAAACUAUUAGCACGGCAAGAACCAACGCCAGGAGUUUCAGAAGAAUGGGGCUCUGGUUGGAAUGGUCCAAAUUUUAUUGUGGAAAUCGAAGAGACUGGCUCUGCCUCAGCAACGAACUCAGAUUAUCUCAACAGCAGCGAAGAUGUGACGAGCGUAACGACAUUGAAUUCCACGACAGUGGGGAGUGGUCCCAAAAUUGUGGUGCGACCCGAGGAGGUAAUCAUUGUGGGCUUGGUGUUAAUGCUUUGGGUUGGCGCUAUUGUGCUUUUCUUUAACCGCUGGGGUAAAAUACGCAUGCUGGAGCCAUAUCAACCGAAAUUUCAACAACAACAUCGGUCUUCCUGUCCGCUAGUCGAUAUUGAUGCAAUACCAACACAUGGGCGCGCAUCUGUUUCACGAAUGUCAAUGGGUUUAGUCAAUAAUAUAAAUAUGCCGACAUGUCAAUUUGCAGCUUAUAAUCCUACGAUAUAUGCCAAAGGUUAUGCGAUGAACUCGCGCCCACGUCAAAAUUCGGUAUUCGUUGGCUCCAGCCCCAGCCAGUUUAUGAUGCCCCGACCGCCACGUAAAACACGCUCGGCCAUGGAUUUACACUCGAUGGUGCUGGAUGAGGCGGCGGAGCAGGUGUAAGGACAUGGUAAAGUUUACUAUAAGGAAUACCAUCGCCUAAUAUCGAGUUUCUGUAAAAAUUUUUAAUGCUUUUGCUCACUAUCACUUUCUACUCUGAAAGAAAUGAAUGGAGAACAUUUACUCCAAUCUAAUUGUUUGCUCUUGCACUUGUUAUUUUCUACAAGUCACUACUACUUCUUUAUACUACAUAUAUACUAUACUUUAAACGGUAUAUAUACAUAUGUAUAUGUUAUACAAACAAACAUAUUUUUAUGCCUAAGAAAUCUUCCUACUACGUAUACUAAAAUCGUAAAUAAGUUGCGUUCUUAUUAUAUACUUAUAUGUACUUGGAGUUCAUAUUUCUAUGUCAACGUAUGAAACUUCUUUUUAUUCUAAUUCACAUACUAAGGAAAAAAACUAUGUAUAUAUCUACACUAUUACUUAAGUCUUGAAUGUUUUAUACAUUUUAUAUAACUGUAUAUGUAUAGGACUACAGUUAGUUUAACUUGUAAAGAAAUAUUCACUAAAACUUACUGAAAUCGACAAGGAAAAUACAUUAGCUCCAACUUUGGUAUAUUUUUAUAUACACACUUCUUGAGAUUUUCGUUUUAAAAAAGAUCUUCCAGAAAGAUUCAUUUAUAAUCUCUACUAAUUUGUUUUGUUUUUACAGUUCUGAAAAUAAUAUAAUAUUUAACUCUAUUCAAGCAUAAUCGCGUUCAUCCAUAGUUAAAGCAAUGAUUCGAGAUCUUUGUAUAAUUAAUGUUAACCUUUGUCUUUGGUCCUGUAAUCUACUAUCUUUACCCUUAUCAAGUUAAGAAUCACCUACAUCUUCACUGAUAUUCGAACCUAUUAGUGAAAAUUAUUCAUUUUAUCCAUUUAACCCCACCAGAUCAGGAUUUUGACAUAACCCCAGAAAACCAAUAUGGCGGACACCGAUUUUUAAAAUUCCUCGGAUUCAAUUGAAACUCGCUACAUGGUGGUUUUAAGGGUCGUUGAUUACGAAUCCGGUGUCGGUUUUUUCAAAAUUCAAAAUGGCGGAUUCAAUAUAGCAGACGCUAUUUAGAAAAAAUUCAUCGGAAUCGCUCGAAACUCGUUACUCCGGGGUUUUCGGGGUCUCUAAUACAAAUUUGACGUUACUUUUCAAAGAUUCAAAAUGGCGAAACAAUAUGGUAGACACAUUUUAAAAAUUUGCAAUAUUACAUACACCAUUUUGAAUUUUGAAAAACCGACGAUAAUGAAGUUUAAAAAACACUGUCCGCCAUAUUGUCAAUAAAGCUUUUCUGGGGUUAUGUCAAAAACCUGAUAUGAACAUAGUUUAAGAAAAGAAUUUUACAAACAUAUUUUGAAAUUUGCUUGUUCGUGGUUUCAGAAGUCAGGUUAGUUAAAAACUAUUGUCCAAUGGUUUCUCCUUAGAACAUCAGACUGAUUGUUCAUAAAAAGGCAACUGAAGACAACUAUUUUAUUAUUUUAAGACAGCAGUCAUUUUCGCAAAUAUUUCCAACCUAAAAUGGAGUCUAAACCUAAGAUUAUAUAAAUAUAAUUUCAAGGGCAAUAAUAAUAAGGAGACGGCUUUCCUCCGAUUGGUGUUAACUCAAGCAGCUACUCGAAUAUGUGUCAGUUAUUUACGAUUCAUUUCUACACAUUUUUUCGUUAUAAUGAACCUUCGAUAAUGACAGUUCAUAUCGAGCGACUCCGUACAUAGUUGGAAAGUGUGUAUAUAAAAAUAUAUAUAACAUUGGCAAUGUAAAUAAAGUUUUUUGCAGUAAACUACUAUUUAAUAAAUAAUUCUAGUACAUUAAGACGUUCAUUAAAAGCAAAAUACAACAAAAAAAAUAUAAAAAAUUUAUUUUCAUAAUAAAUUUAGUUAAGAAACUUCAAAGAAAUGGAAAAGCUUUAAAACAAACCAACCGACAAAAUACUAGCAAACGAGUUAGUUAGCGGGAUUUGUGGGGGUAAUUGAGUAGAAUUAAAUAAAAAAGGGAAAUAUCAAGCAACAUAAGCAAGGGUUACAACAAAAACAAAUAUACUUAAUAUAUAUAUAUAAACUAAGCGCCAAAUAAAAAAAAACAAAUAAUUGAAAUUCAAAAUUUAACUAUUUAAUAUAAAAAUAUGAAAUAAAAAUAUAUAUAUUUCUCAAUUUUUUGUGCUAUUUUACACAAGCGUUUCAAAUAAAUACUACUAUUUAAGCAAAUGCAUAUAAAUAAUAUUUAUGUAUUUUUUACAAUAAAUGUACACUUACAUAUAUAAACUAACUGUAUGUACUCGUAUGUAGCAGCUCGUUAAAUUUUCUACUUGAAAUUGUGUUAAUUGAAAAGUUUUUAAAAGUAGUUUGUUAUAUAAAAUAAAAAUUGUAAAAUGUAAAGUCUAGAUUUAUAUAAGCACGCAGCUAUAUACCUAAUAACAAUUAAAACAAAAUAAUUUAAAAUUGAAAAAAAGUGGCCAAUUACUUCGUUAAGUGCUAUGUAGUGAUGUUAUUAGAAAGUAGUGUAAAGCAUAGAAAAUUAUGUAACUCUAUUAUUUCUCAACUAACGACUUCUAUUGUAUUCUAUUUCUAUUAUACAAACAAAAAACUUUAUAAAAGUUUUGGUUUCGCACACUGAAACCAAAACAAGAGCAAUGGCAAAAAAGCUUUAUGAGAAUGUAUAAAACAAAACUAUGAAAUAAGCGCAAAGCGUCGGACGGUCAGUGGGACUACGGCGUUGUUGUUAUCAGGCAAUGAAGUUAGCAUAGUCGGUAUGUUAUAAAAUAAGUAAAAAAUACAUUAUGUAUGUAUGUAUAUAAAUAUUACACAAUAAAAAUUUUAAAUUAAAUAAAUAACAAGUAAGGAAGGGCUAAGUUCGGGUGUAACCGAACAUUUUAUACUCUCGCAAUUUAUUUAUGUAAUUUUAUAAAGAUAACACAAGUCGACCCAUAUAUUUGGUAUAACGUUCAAUAGAAUAACGAAAAUCAUCAUAAAUAGUAUAUGGGGACUGAGGUAAUUCCUAAACCGAUUUCACUCGUUUUCACCACCAAGGUACAAUGUAUCGAAGACUAUACGCUCACUUAAUUUAAUAUUACUUAUAAUUAGGUAUAUGGGAUCUGGGGGAAGUUAUGACCCGAUUUUUACCAUUUCAGGUACAGAGAGAAACUGUUAUAAGAAAAUGAAUUACAUUAAAAUAUCUGAGGGAUUUACCUAUAUUUUCGGUGAAAAAUUAACCUUAGGCACUAGGUUCUUCAUGUUUGAUAUCAGGGGCCUUGAAAAGUCAUGGUCCGAUUUUGACAAUUUUUCCACAAGUGAUGUCACAGCUCAAACUCAGUAUUUGUGUAAAGUUUUAUUCCGCUAGCUUCAUUGAUUCCUUAUGAAUACAUUAUAAAGUGAACGAAUCAGAUGGAAUUCAAAAUUGAGUUAUAUGGGAAGUAGACGUAGUUGUGAACCGAUUUCGCCCAUAUUCCACCCGUGUCAUCAGGGUGUCAAGAAAGUGUUAUAUACCGAAUUUCAUUGAAAUCGGUCGAAUAGUUCUUGAAAUAUGGUUUUUGACCCAAAAGUGGGCGACGCCACGCCCUUUUUCCAUUUUGUAAAAAAACCUCAGUGCAGCUUCCUUCUGCCAUUUCUUAUCUAAAAUUUGGUGUUUCUGACGUUUUUCGUUAGUGAGUUAACCCACUU